CACACAAUGUUAGCUACCGAAGUGCACGAAACGUUUUAUUUGAAUGUAGCCAAAUUAAGGGCUGCCACGAUCUCAGCACGGGGCCUCCGACGCGCCUGCGGGGGCUUCGCGACAGAUGGGCAGCGGUGCCCGCAGAACGCCCAGGGGUGGGCGGUCCCUGGCGGAUAGGUACGGUAAGGUCGGGGUGGGCGAAUCUAGCCCAGGCUUGCCGCGGAGCGCAGGCCUCGGGUUUGUGUCCCUGUAUGCGAGCGCGAGAGGAAACGGCUGCUUAGUGCCCGCCGAGUGGAGGAGCCAGGGGAAAAGGAUGGAUGGGGGCUUUCGUAUUGGCUCACUCUAGCUCUUAACCUCGCCUCUCGUCCUUCUCUCACCUCUUUUCUUGUCUCUCCGCCUUCGCCUUCUGCUGUCUUCUCUUCCCUCUGCCUUUUUUAGAGGGAAGGGUCCCUCUUUUUUCUUCUCCAGCUCCUUUAAAAGAUCUGCCUUCUCCUCAAGGUGCCUAAUUGCAAAUCCAGAGAUUUUUGAAAAGGCAGAAGAGAGAAAGUGUGUGGGUGGAAAGACCACGUUUAGGUCUGGCUUGGUGGUUACUGCGGCUGGGGCAGGAUUGGUGAUCCCGAGAGUCCAGGUCUGGGCCCUUGCAGUUGUCAGUUUCUCUUGACAGCCCUGCUCUCUUGGCAGGUGUUUUCGUGUUAUGAGUAUUGCGCGUGGCAUGGGUGGGAUGGCUGAAGCUAGGUGACGGAGUUUGUCCAGGACUUUGCUGGAGAUUAGCUUUCAGUCUUGGGCGAGGCUUAUCCGGUGGAGCCUUAGUGACCUUCUCAGUUAAUCAGGGCUGUUACAAGGAUCCCAUACAGUAAUGGUUGGGAAGGGGCUGAGUGGUCUGUAAGAACCAAAGCAGCUGCUAGGUGCUUCCACACUUGCAGCAUCUAGAGCGAGGCAUGGUUUCCCACAUCCACCAUAACACACACUCACUAACUGUGGCGCGCCUCUGAAGCUAGAGCUAGCUGAAGAAGGAGUGGACUUAAUAGGGAUGUGGACCUCAGCAGAUGUGCAUUUGUUUUUGCCCAAGCCAGGCAGAGGUGGAGGAUGAAAAUGGCCCAACCCCAGGGCCAGACUGACAAGUAGACCCCUGGGAAUGGGGAAUGUUUUGUUUGUUUGUUUCAAUCUGCAUAUGGAAUGAGUCAUUGCCACUUGCCGAGGUGAAAUGGCAAAUCUGGGCUUCCCAUGGUUGCAAAAGUCUGUGACUGGGAAUUCACAAGUGGUUGAAGCUGGCUAAAGGACAGCCUUAGGUAUUCCAGAAGUGUUUAGGGAUGUCUUUCAUGGGGGAAGAGGAGAUGGUUUAUAAAUGAAACUCUCAUGUGUCUUUAGCAUUCUUUUUCAACAGAGACAAUCACUGAACUUUGGUUAGGACCGAUCUAGUGUAUCUCUCUUUGCCCAUCUUGAGUUAGGAUGGGAGAGGAGGAAAUAGGUUCUUUUGUCUCUUUCUGUCCUCUCCCUUCAGCCAUCCCCUUCCCUCAUCCUCACUCACUCACAUGCACACGCUAACCUUGAAGCCGAUGGGAUUGAGUGACUGGCACUUGGGACCACAGAGAAAUGUCAGAGUGUUUGGUUACAGACUCAAGGAAACCUCUCAUUUUAGAGUGCUCAUUUGAUUUUAAGCAAAAUUUUGGACUGUGAAUCAAGGCAUUGGGUGAAGACAAAAUGGCAUCCCCGGCUGACAGCUGUAUCCAGUUCACCCGCCAUGCCAGUGACGUUCUUCUCAACCUUAAUCGCCUCCGGAGCCGUGACAUUUUGACUGAUGUUGUCAUCGUGGUGAGCCGUGAGCAGUUCAGAGCCCAUAAGACAGUCCUCAUGGCCUGCAGUGGCCUGUUCUAUAGCAUCUUCACGGACCAGCUGAAGUGUAACCUGAGUGUGAUCAACCUGGAUCCUGAGAUCAACCCUGAGGGGUUCUGCAUCCUCCUGGACUUCAUGUACACGUCCCGGCUCAAUCUGCGGGAGGGCAACAUCAUGGCCGUGAUGGCCACGGCAAUGUACCUGCAGAUGGAGCACGUUGUGGACACUUGCCGGAAGUUUAUCAAGGCCAGUGAAGCAGAGAUGGUUCCUGCCAUCAAGCCUCCCCGUGAAGAGUUUCUGAAUAGCCGGAUGCUGAUGCCCCAAGACAUCAUGGCCUAUCGGGGUCGUGAGGUGGUGGAGAAUAACCUACCGCUGAGGAAUGCCCCAGGGUGCGAGAGCAGGGCCUUCGCCCCUAGCCUGUACAGCGGCCUGUCCACCCCGCCGGCCUCUUACCCCGUCUACAGUCACCUCCCUGUCAGCAGCUUCCUCUUCUCUGACGAGGAGCUGCGGGAUGCCCGGAUGCCUGUGGCCAACCCCUUCCCUAAGGAGCGGGCCCACCCCUGCGAUAGUGCCAGGCCCGUCCCUGGCGACUACAGCCGGCCGGCCCUGGAGAGAACUCCCAGUGUAUGCCACAGCAGCAUCUACUCACCCAAGGAGGCAGCCCCAGAGGAGACACGCAGUGACAUGCACUACGGCGUGGCCGAGGGCCCCAAGCCUGCCGCCCCCUCGGCCCGGAAUGCCCCGUACUUCCCCUGUGACAAGGCUGGCAAGGAGGAAGAGAGGCCCUCCUCAGAGGAUGAGAUCGCCCUGCAUUUUGAGCCCCCCAGUGCACCCCUGAACCGCAAGGGUCUGGUCAGCCCCCAGAGCCCCCAGAAGUCCGACUGCCAGCCCAACUCGCCCACGGAGUCCUGCAGUAGCAAGAAUGCCUGCAUCCUCCAGACCUCUGGUUCACCUCCAGCCAAGAGCCCCACCGACCCCAAAGCCUGCAACUGGAAGAAAUACAAGUUCAUUGUGCUCAACAGCCUCAACCAGAAUGCCAAACCAGAGGGACCCGAGCAGGCUGAGCUGGGCCGCCUCUCCCCUCGAGCCUACACCGCCCCACCGGCCUGCCAGCCACCCAUGGAGCCCGAGAGCCUUGACCUCCAGUCCCCAACCAAGCUCAGUGUCAGCGGGGAGCACUCCACCAUCCCACAGGCCAGCCGGCUCAAUAACAUCGUCAACAGGUCCCUGACAGGCUCCCCCCGCAGCAACAGCGAGAGCCACUCACCGCUCUACUUGCACCCCCCCAAGUGCACGUCGUGCGGCUCUCAGUCCCCGCAGCAUGCAGAGAUGUGCCUCCAUACCGCUGGCCCCACAUUCCCCGAGGAGAUGGGAGAGACCCAGUCUGAGUACUCGGAUUCCAGCUGUGAGAACGGGGCCUUCUUUUGCAAUGAGUGUGACUGCCGCUUCUCUGAGGAGGCCUCACUCAAGAGACACACGCUGCAGACCCACAGUGACAAACCCUACAAGUGUGACCGCUGCCAGGCCUCCUUCCGCUACAAGGGCAACCUCGCCAGCCACAAGACCGUCCACACGGGUGAGAAACCCUAUCGUUGUAACAUUUGUGGAGCCCAGUUCAACCGACCAGCCAACCUGAAAACCCAUACUCGAAUUCACUCUGGAGAGAAGCCCUACAAAUGCGAAACCUGUGGAGCCAGAUUUGUACAAGUGGCCCACCUCCGUGCCCACGUGCUCAUCCACACUGGAGAGAAGCCCUAUCCCUGUGAAAUCUGUGGCACUCGUUUCCGGCACCUUCAGACUCUGAAGAGCCACCUGCGAAUCCACACAGGAGAGAAACCUUACCAUUGUGAGAAGUGCAACCUGCAUUUCCGUCACAAAAGCCAGCUGCGUCUUCACUUGCGCCAAAAGCAUGGGGCCAUCACCAACACCAAGGUGCAAUACCGCGUGUCCGCCACUGACCUGCCCCCGGAGCUCCCCAAAGCCUGCUGAAGCAUGGAGUGUUGAUGCUUUCCAUUCGAGUUCCUUCUCAGAAUCUACCCAAAGGAUACUGUAACACUUUACAAUGUUCAUCCCAUGAUGUAGUGCCUCUUUCAUCCACUAGUGCAAAUCAUAGCUGGGGUGGGGGUGGGGGGAGGGGGCGUGGGGACUGGGGGCCAAGGCAGCUCCCCUUCCCCCGCUGCCAUAAAACAUUAAUAAUAUUGCUUCUUCUCCUAUGUGUAAGGCAAACCAUGUCAGCAAAAAGCAAAAUCAUUUUAUAUAUCAAAGUGGGGGAGUAUGCAAAAGUUCUGACUUGACUUGGUCUGCAAAAUGAGGAAUGUAUAUGUUUUGUGGGGACAGAUGUUUCUUUUGUAUGUAAAUGUGCAUUCUUUUAAAAGAAGAGACUUCAGUAUGUUAUCAAAGAGAGGGCUUUAAUUUUUUUAACCAAAGGUGAAGGAAUAUAUGGCAGAGUUGUAAAUAUAUAAAUAUAUAUAUAUAUAAAAUAAAUAUAUAUAAACCUAAAAAAGAUAUAUUAAAAAUAUAAAACUGCGUUAAAGGCUCGAUUUUGUAUCUGCAGGCAGACACGGAUCUGAGAAUCUUUAUUGAGAAAGAGCACUUAAGAGAAUAUUUUAAGUAUUGCAUCUGUAUAAGUAAGAAAAUAUUUUGUCUAAAAUGCCUCAGUGUAUUUGUAUUUUUUUGCAAGUGAAGGUUUACAAUUUACAAAGUGUGUAUUAAAAAAAAAAACAAAAAGAACAAAAAAAAGCUACCGAAGGAAAAAUGUGUAGUUUUGUUCUAGUUUUCAGUUUGUAUAUACCUGUACAACGUGUCCUACGGUGCCUUUUUUCAUGGAAGUUUUCAGUGAUGGACGAGCGCGCCAUCCCUUCUGAAGUGUAGGCAGACACAGGGACUUGAAGUUGUCGCUCACUAAGCUCUCUUUGGGAAUGUUUGUCUCAUCACAUUCUGCGUCAUGCUUGUGUUAGAACUACUCCGGAGACAGGGUUUGGCUGUGUCUAAACUGCAUUACUGCGUUGUAAAAUAUAGCUGUACAAAUACGAGAAUAAAAUGUAGAAAAGUCAA